AUGCACGAAUACGCGCAAGAUGCUAUGACCUACGUGCGCCAAUACGGUAGACCAGAUUUAUUUAUUAUUUUUACAUGCAACCCAAAAUGGAUCGAAAUCACUAAUCUAUUACCCGGUCAAUCAUCCAGCGAUCGUCACGACAUAACCGCUCGAGUGUUCAAGCAAAAACUCAAAGCGCUCAUGGACUUCAUUGUAAAAUAUCAUAUCUUCGGAGACGUACGAUGUUGGAUGUAUUCUGUAGAGUGGCAGAAAAGAGGACUGCCUCGACAUGCGAAUAUUCUCCUGUGGAUGGUCGAAAAAAUAAGACCGGAUGAAAUUGACUCGAUCAUUUGCGCAGAAAUUCCUGAUCCCGAAGUAGAUCCAGAAUUGUAUGAUGUAGUUAAGAAGAACAUGAUUCAUGGACCGUGUGGCGAACACAAUCGUGAAUCACCGUGCAUGAUCGACAACAAAUGCUCGAAGCGUUAUCCCCGUGCUUUGUUGGCUGAUACAAUUACAGGGAAUGAUGGCUACCCCCUGUAUCGUCGUCGUUCUAUAGAAGACAACGGCAGAACAAUAACAUUGCAAGUCAAAAAUAAGGAUGUCGUAGUCAACAACUGUUGGAUUGUUCCGUAUUCGCCGCUGCUUUCCAAAACAUUUAAAGCGCAUUGUAAUGUUGAGUACUGCAAUUCGGUCAAGUCCAUCAAAUAUGUUUGCAAGUACGUCACGAAAGGAAACGACAUGGCUGUAUUUGGUAUUGCAGGUCCAAAUAAUAACGAUGAAAUUUCAACAUAUCAGAUGGGAAGAUAUGUUAGUAGCAAUGAGGCGGUUUGGAGAAUCUUUUCAUUUCCCAUACACGAACGUCAUCCCACUGUAGUUCAUUUAGCUGUUCACCUGGAGAAUGGACAACGAGUUUAUUUCACGGCAGAAAACGCAGCGCAAAGAGCAGAACGACCACCAGCGACAACGCUGACAAGCUUCUUCGAGACAUGCGCAAGCGAUCCAUUUGCAAGAACAUUGCUUUACUUGGAAAUGCCAAAAUAUUUUACAUGGAAUGCAUCAUCUAAAAAAUUCCAACGUCGGAAACAAGGACAGCCUGUACCGGGAUACGUGAAUAUAUAUUCAACCGAUGCAUUGGGGCGCAUUUACACAGUUCAUCCGCGCAAUGACGAAUGUUUUUACUUACGUUUGUUAUUAGUUAAUGUUCGUGGACCAAAUUCAUUUCAAUUUCUACGAACUGUCGAUGGUGAAUUGUGCGCAACAUAUAGAGAAGCCUGUCAACGUUUACAUUUACUAGAGGAUGAUGUUCAUUGGGAUCACACACUUGCUGAUGCUGUUAUUUCGUCUACUUCGCAACAAAUUCGAUCAUUAUUUGCCAUCAUAAUUUCAACGUGCUUUCCAUCGAGCCCAUAUAAUUUGUGGAACAAAUACAAAGACAAUAUGGCUGAAGAUAUUUUGCAUCGAGUACGUUCAAUAACGGCAAAUCCAGAACUUGAAAUUUGCUCAGAGAUAUACAAUGAGGUUUUGAUAUGUUUGGAGGAUUUGUGCGUGAUGAUGUCCGGCAAGAUGUUGAACGAAUUAGAUAUGCCUGCGCCUAAUCGUCCCAUGCACGAUGCAUUCAAUCGUGAAUUCGAACGAGAACGGCAAUACGAUACAAAUGCUUUGAGUCAAUCCGUACAAAAUAAGGUGCCACUUUUAAAUCAGCAGCAAAAAACAGCUUACGAUACGAUAAUUAAAGCAGUAAAUGACGGCAAUGGAGGAAUAUUUUUCAUCGAUGCACCCGGCGGAACUGGUAAAACAUUUUUAAUUUCAUUAAUUUUAGAUACGAUUCGAGCACAAGGUCAAAUAGCGCUGGCAGUAGCAUCAUCUGGGAUCGCUGCUACAUUGUUAGAAGGCGGACGUACCGCUCAUUCUGCGCUCAAACUGCCAUUGAAUUUGCAAACUAUAGAGGAACCGACAUGUAAUAUAACCAAAACAUCAGCAAUGGCGAAAGUGCUACAAAAUUGUAAAAUAAUAAUUUGGGAUGAGUGUACGAUGGCGCACAAACGAGCAUUGGAGGCACUAGAUCGAACAUUAAGAGAUUUGCGCAGCAAUCAGAUCCUUUUCGGAGGCGCGAUGAUUCUACUGGCUGGAGAUUUUCGCCAAACGCUGCCAGUCAUUCCUAGAUCAACAGCUGCUGAUGAAAUAAAUGCAUGCUUAAAGGCAUCAAUUUUAUGGAGAUAUGUGAAAAAUCUCAAGUUAACAACGAACAUGCGAGUGGCGUUGCAAAAUGACAUAUCAGCAGAAGUUUUCUCAAAGGGAUUAUUAGAUAUUGGCAAUGGGAGAAUUCCUGUUGACUCUUCUACUGGCCUCAUUUCGUUUCCACCAAAUUUUUGUCAAUUCACAACGUCAAAAGAAGAAUUAAUUUCGAAAGUGUUUCCAAAUAUUGAUGCAAAUUACAAAAACCAUGCUUGGUUGCGCAAACGAGCCAUUUUAGCGGCGAAAAAUAAGGACGUAGAUGACUUAAAUACAAAAAUUCAGAGUCAAAUUAAUGGACAAAUACAUUCAUUUAAGUCGAUCGAUUCCAUUACUGAUCCAAAUGAAGUCGUCAAUUAUCCAACUGAGUUUCUAAAUUCAGUGGAUUUACCAGGAUUACCGCCACACAAUUUACAGCUCAAGGUUGGAUCCGUGAUAAUCAUGUUACGAAAUUUGAAUCAGCCAAAAUUGUGCAAUGGAACAAGACUCGCUGUUAAAAAAAUUAUGAAAAAUUUGAUUGAAGCUACUAUAAUUAUAGGAAAGUUCAAAGGCGAGGAUGUGCUUAUUCCAAGAAUACCACUAAUACCAACUGACUUUGCUUUUGAAUUUAAGCGUGUCCAGUUUCCGCUGCGCCUUGCAUUCGCAAUGUCAAUUAAUAAAUCCCAAGGACAAUCUUUAGAAGCACAUCACCCGUGCGAAGCCGGGUCGGGCAGCUAG